AAAUCCAUAUAAUCAGUACCUAUUGAUAUUUGACAAUAUAUAAAUCCAUUAGUAAUCUGUAAUCUGUAAUCUAUAAAGUAGAAUUCCGACUGCCGACAGAUAACGCGAUAAUUUUGUCACCGUAGUCAUAUAGGUACUCUUAUACUAUUUUUUCAUUUACAUUUCAGUCUUUGACAAAAUGUCGUGCGUGGAGAGUCGAGUGCGCGAAAUGAAAGUUCGUUUUAACGCCGAGUUAUUGAAGCGUCAUUGUGACUUGAAAAAUACGAGUAGUGUGUUUUUAACUGAUGAGCGAUAUUAUCAAUUAAUUAAAGAUGUAGAUAGUGCUAAAUCGAAAACAAAAAAAAAAGAGCCGCGUGACUAUUGGUUACAUAAAAAAUAUGAUAUUUUGGUCGUUAAUAAUAAUAGCAAAUUAAUUUAUCCUGUUAAAAAUAAUGAUAACAAUAUUUUAUAUUAUAUAAAGGAAAGUGACGUUUUUGAUGUGUUACAUGAUGCUCACCAAUCGUUAGGACAUGGAGGACGAGACAGAAUGUUGUAUGAGCUUAAUAGUAAGUUUAAAAAUAUUACGCGCUUCGAAGUAGAUCUUUAUUUGUCAUUAUGCGAACUGUGUCAAUUAAAACACAAAAAAAUUAGAAAAGGAUUAGUAGUGAAACCCAUUAUUUCUAGUGAAUUUAAUAGUCGCUGUCAAGUUGAUUUGAUCGAUUUUCAAUCAAAUGCUGAUAAACUUUUUAAAUUUAUAAUGGUAUAUCAGGACCAUUUAACUAAAUUUGUCGUCAUAAAACCAUUAAAGACAAAAACUGCAGAAGAAGUGGCUUAUAAUUUAAUUGAUAUUUUCACUUUACUUGGAGCACCUUCUAUAUUACAAUCCGACAACGGUCGUGAAUUUUCCAAUCAAAUUGUUUCUAACUUAAAAAAUUAUUGGCCCAAUUUAAAAAUCGUUCAUGGAAAACCUCGACAUUCCCAAAGUCAGGGAAGUGUCGAACGGGCAAACCAGGACAUUCAAAAUAUGUUGAUGACAUGGAUGAGGGACAAUAACACUUCAAAGUGGAGUGAAGGUCUAAGAUUUAUUCAACUGAUGAAAAAUCGAGCUUAUCAUAAAGGUAUAAAUAGGUCACCUUACGAAGCACUU